UUGAUAAAAUGCUAUGCUUUUGUAUAUGUAUUUAAAUAUGUAAUAAAGACACAUUGUUAUAUAUAAAAUUAUCAAGGAUUACGGAUGUGGCAAACAAUACGAACGAUUGAGUUUUUGUACUCUCUCUUUCUCUCUCGGUCAUUAGGUUGCGGAAAUAUGUAAUAAUAAGUUCAACGGAGUAAUAAAUCGUAUUAAAGCAUAUUACAUCCAAUAUAUUUAAUUCGUACUAUAAUAUUAAAAAUAAUGGUGUCUCCAUAAGUAGCAUUCUCCUCAAUAUUUCUCAUUACCACGACCAUUGAUAUUACUUACGAUGUAAUAUUUAUUUUGUGAUAUAACGCAAAUACUGUCGACGAGGUUAUGUCUAUAAAUAGAAAAAUUCGUCUAAUUUUUAUGGUGAACAGUCGGUAAAAGAAAAAUGUAGAUCAAUAAUAAUCGAAGGCAUCCUGUUUUACCGUGACAAUGCCGUUCUACAGUGCAGUCUACUAUGGUGAAAAAAAAAAUUUCGCAGGUGUUAUUUCGUCGGAAAUCAUUUGGCAAGGAUAUAAAAGAUGUCGUAAUUUAGGAUGGAACACUUUUUUUAGAGGUUCUCUUAUUAAACAGAAGAAAGGAUCUAUAAUGGAAGUAUUAUUUUUUAUGGAAGAAUCAGCAUUUUGUCGACCACAUCUCAAUUUUCAUGAUAAUUGCAACGAAUUAAACUGUGCCGUGGCUAAUUUGAAUAAAUUGAAAAAGUAUUUGAAAUCUGCCAAAUCCACUAUAGACGUGUGCAUGUACUUUUUUACUUCUCAACAAUUGGCCGAUGUUAUUAUGGAAGCACAGAAACGUGGAGUCGUAGUUAGAAUUAUAAUUGAUGCUAAUAUGGCAGAACACAAUGACAAUCAAGCUAUACCUUUCCGUAAAGCAAGUAUUAAAGUUAGAACUAAAUCCACAGAUAAUCUUAUGCAUCAUAAAUUUGCCAUCAUCGAUGAUGAUAUUCUUAUCACAGGAAGUGCUAAUUGGACAAUGCAGGCAUUAUUUGGAAAUUCAGAAAAUAUUAUAAUAACCAAUCAUCCUAUAUUACUAAAAAGAUUCAUAGAUGAAUUUAAAAGAUUGUGGAAGAUAUACGAUAAAGAUUUUUUAAAAUCAGUUUCAUUUGAAUCCCAUCAAACAGAAAUAGGGGAAUUGAAAAAAUUAGAAAACAGAUAAUAUUAAUAAUAAUGAUAUUAUGAUACGGUGUUUUUUAUUUUUUUAUAAAGGAAAGUUAAUUUUUAAUUUUUUUAUAAAUACCUAUAUAAUUUGUUUUAAAAAUAGAUUGAUCAUUUUAUAAUUAUAUAUAUUUAAUUUCAUAUCUUUUGUAAUGUUAUAUUUCUCUAAACACUUAUCUGUGUCUCCAGUACAAAUAUCCUGGGUCUUUGUACUGGCCGAUGGAAUUUAUUUCUUAUAGUACUAAGUCAAGAUAAACUUUAGGGGAGUUACCAUGACAAUUCUGACGUCACUUACUAUCACCCUACGUUAUUCUUUGCAUUAUAUUCUCUCUUUUCGUAUCUGUAUUGUAAGACCUUUAGCCGCUGUAUUAAUCAAAUUUUCCUUUGUUAUAGACAAUUUUAAUUUUUUUUUUUUCUUCGCAAUACCAAAGAUAAAAAGGAGCUAGCGCUGAAUCGCAAGUACAAUUGUUUCUCAUUACGAUGAACAACGAAUAUUUUGAAGAUAAUUUCGGUGGACGUUCUGUUACUUAGUUUCGAUUAUCCUUGAACGUGACGUCACAGCUGGACUACGUCAACAGUCGAUUCUUGCGCAGGAUCAGUCACGCGUUAAAAUAAUGUACAUUAAUACAUUUAAUGACAUCAUAACAGGA